AUGGUCCGGUGGUGUUCGUCUACGACAUACUACUCGUUUUUGUUAAUUGACCACAUACUUAAGGUCGGAGAUUCUUCCGAUGGUCGCAUAGAAAGAGGGUCCGAAUCAGAAGUUCAAAAGGAAGUUCUGAUUAAGGACGAGGAACUCGCUAAAGAAGUCCGUAAUUCGAUGAAUAACGAAUUUAUUCAAAAGAGGCCGGAAAUUCACAUGGUGGAUAAUACUGGUAAUGUUCGUCUCUACAUGGAAUACAUACAAGAAAUUCACUCCAUAUCAAAACAUCAAAAGAUAUACCAAAACUUUCAAUUUCCUACUCUUCCCAAAGGCUCUCAAAUCCAAAACCUAGCGAUGUCUUGUCAUCCUGACCUAAACAAUGAAGAUUGGGUAGUGGCUGUCAAGUUUUCAGGAUCACAACUUAGGCUUUAUAGGCAUAAGGAUCCGAGGUGGAUCGAUAUCAAAACCACUCAUGAGUCUAUAAGCCCAUAUUCGAGUCUCAUGUUUUCUAAGAAAGAUCAAAGGUUCUACGUUCCAACUCCUGGAUGCAAGUACUUAUGCUCCUUUGAUUUCAACUUCAAGGAGAAAGACAAGCCCGAGUUCGUUGAGGUUCGGAAGAAAGAUUUUCCUAAGUAUGAGUUGUACGAAUGGGAGGAGAUUCACGGGUGUACCAGGACAGACCACAUGGUAGAGUCACCUUCCGGAGAACAAUUCCUCAUCUCAUGGUACUAUGAAGACGAAUUUGAAUUUUACAAAGGGUUGCUAACAGUCAUUCACAAAACAAGGAGGUUCAUGGUGUUUAAAGAGGAUGAAGAAUUAACGGAUAAAAAAAGAAAAUUUAUGUCUUACACAGAAGACAUUGGAGAUCUUUGUACAUUUCUUGGUCGCGAUGAAGCUUUCUGUAUCCGAGCGAGCUCGUAUCCGGGUCUUAAGCCUAACUGCAUCUAUUUCGUUGGACAUAACUAUGGAGUUUACGAUAUCACAACCCAAACGUGCACUCUCUUCUUUGGGAAGGGUUUAAGAUCCAUUGAAUUCCCUUACUGGCCUCACCCUCUUUCUCUCACUCCUUAUUAA